GGUAAGUCGCUGAGCCAAUCAAAAGUUAACAAUACUGGGACUUGCGGAAUCUGUGGAGUCAGGUUGAGAGUUGUUGCGCUAAACAUUUCUUGUAGAAAUCUUGAGAAAGCGUACCAACUAGGGGUGUAAAGACGAUCUACAACCUCCCAGUUGAGACGGGUUGGGUUCCCGUACCUGCCAGCCAUGCCUCUGGUGACUCGGAACAUCGAACCGCGGCACGUGUGUCGCCAAACCAUCCCCUCCAACAUCCGCAGUGAGCUGGAGUGUGUCACCAACAUAAGUCUUGCCAAUAUCAUCCGCCAACUCGGCAGCCUCAGUAAGUAUGCGGAGGAUGUGUUCGGAGAGCUGUUUGUGCAGGCCGGUGCCUUUGCCGUCAGAGUGAAUACAUUAGGGGAAAGAGUAGACCGUCUGCAGGUCAAGGUCACACAACUGGAUCCCAAAGAAGAAGAAGUGUCUCUGCAGGCUAUUACUACUCGUAAGGCUUUUCGCAGCAGUCUGACCCAGGACCAGCAGCUGUUUACUCGUCCCUCUUUGCCUGCUCCUGUACAAGACACCUACACUGUCUGUGACCCACCCCCUCCACUCAAUGACCUCAGCAAGUACCGAGAGGAUGGCAAAGAAGCUCUGAAGUUUUACACAGAUCCUUCCUACUUCUUUGAUCUGUGGAAAGAAAAGAUGCUACAGGACACGAAGGACAUCAUGAAGGAAAAGCGCAAACAUAGAAGAGAGAAGAAAGACCAUGUAAAUGCUAGAACACUCAAUCCUCGAAAAGUCAAAACCAGGAAAGAUGAAUGGGAGCGUCGCAAGAUGGGUGAAGAGUUUGUAGUGCCAAAGAGUGACUUCAUGAAUUCAUCAGAAGGUCUUAAUGGCAGUAUUGCCUCUGGAGAUGGAUACAAUGAUCUUGAAUUGAGUACGAACUCCUACUCAUAUGAUCCCACCUCCCCUCUGCCUCUACCAAGUGAUGAUUUGCCUCCUCCACCUCCAGACAUGGCAUGUGAUGGACAGUUUGGAGCACCAACUCAAAAGGGCUUAAGUGUGCAAAGUCCAAGCCAUCCUCCUCCUGCUCCCCCCUUGGCCUCUCCUCCGGCUGCUCGUCCCAAUCUGUCUCCUCCCCCUGCUCCUCCUCCCCCUCCUCCUCCCUCUGGCAUGCCUAUGCCUCCACCUCCUCCUGGAUUUGAGCCUCCACCCUCUCCUCCUAUGACCUCCUCCCCUACUGCCUAUCCUGCCCCACCAGCCCCACCUCCUCCUCCUAUGGCUGCGUCCAUCCCCCGCCUCCACCCUGUGACCAUGGGUGGUGGUCCACCACCCCCCCCUCCACCCCCACCUCCUCCUGGACCACCACCUUCAAAUAUCAAUGGGCCUCCACCUCCGUACUCUGGAGCUGGCCUGGCACCAGCUCUCAAACCUGCCCCAGCUCCAGAACCAGUCAGCGAUGCUCGCAGUGACCUGCUGCAGGCCAUCCGUCAAGGUUUUAACCUGCGUAAAGUUGAGGCCCAGCGUGAACAAGAGAAGAGGGUUGACACUGGGAAUGAUGUAGCAGCCAUCUUGUCUCGUCGUAUCGCUGUGGAGUGCAGCGAUAGUGAAGACGAUUCUUCAGAGUUUGACGAUGAUGACUGGUCUGAGUGAUCAACUCUGUCUCUCACAGCCAUGAUGUGAUAAAAAAAAAUUUUAAUUUUAUACACACAAACUUUAGCAUUAGUUUGACAAAGAAUACAUCUAAUUUACCAAAAGUAUCUACCAUCAGACACAUUUCAAGGCCCACAUAUUUAUUCCAAUAUAUAAAGUUGACCAAGCUGCAAAGAUUUGUGGAUCAUAUUUUGUUGCCUCUUUUGGAAAACACAUGACAAGUUUUAGCAUCUCUUGGUAUGUCUUAAUCUUAAUCAGUAUGAGUUGUGCUGCACACGAGGAGCACAUGGCUUUAUCAGAUUUUAGAGAGGGAUAACAAUAACUCAAGAGCUACGUAACACUGCUGCAUGCAGUUGUGGCUAUUGAUUCCUUUAAUAUAAGUAUGAGUUUCUAAUAAGUAAAGAUGUUUAUAAUUUUUAUUGAAUCAUAAUGUAAAUCCUUCGGCACAACUUAUGUAUGCUAUUUCACUUUUGUGAUUGUGGACACUUUUAUAUGUGAAUGGAUCAGUUAGUUUUUAGUACAACAGGGAAAUAAUAGAUUGGGUGUUGAGUAGUAGGGAAACAAUGGUUCAAAGUCGUACAUUAUAAGUGUUAAGAAAGAAAACACUGGCUAAUAAUUAGUGCACAAUAACUUAGCCAUGUCUAGCCAUGUUGUACAUUCCUCAGUAUCUUUGUGUUAUUCUGUACGAUACAUAUUGUUUCAAAUGCUCUGAAUGCUGCUUUCCUAUCUUGUUAAGUGUCUUUUUAUGUGUAAUGCGUUUUACCUUUUCUUAAACACCUUCACUUGCUUUGGAUGUUUUCAAGUGCCUUUAUUUAAAUGUGUUCUUUGUAAACACAAUCACAUGUGUACACCCCCAGAUGUCAUCUUCUUCUGCACUAUAUUCCUAUUUGUCCAAAUAAAGAUAUUGAAAUUCA